AAUAAUAAAGCAAACCAUUGCCACACAUUAAAAGAGAUCAAAAGCUGAAUAAAACACACCAUAACAAGAAAAAGAAGCUCUCUGCAGAGACAAAUACAAAAGGAGACAGUCUAAAAACAAGUACUUAGAUCAAAGAAAUGUAUAGAUUCAGCAACACAGUCAUAGGUUUCUUGAAUCUCUUCACUCUCUUAGCUUCAAUCCCCAUCAUUGGUGGAGGCUUAUGGAUGGCAAGAAGCAGCACAACCUGCGAAAGCUUCCUUCAGACACCACUUCUUGUGGUGGGUUUUGUUGUUCUGAUAAUUUCACUGGCUGGGUUCAUUGGAGCUUGCUUCCACGUUGCAUGGGCACUUUGGGUCUACCUUGUGAUCAUGCUCUUCAUUAUUGCAACCUUAAUGGGUUUGACAAUUUUUGGGUUCGUUGUGACGAGCCAAGGUGGCGGUGUCGAGGUUCCUGGUAGGGUUUAUAAAGAGUAUAGACUUCAAGAUUAUUCACCAUGGUUGAGAGAUAGGGUUAAGGAUCCUGAGUAUUGGAGAACCAUUAGAAGCUGCAUAUUGGGUUCAAAGACUUGUGCUAAGCUUGCCUCUUGGACUCCUCUUGAUUAUUCUGAGAGAGACAUGUCUCCCAUCCAGUCUGGGUGUUGCAAGCCACCAACUUCAUGCAACUACAACAUGGAAACACUAGUGCCACAAGAGGCAGAUUGCUAUAGAUGGAACAAUUCCCCAACGUUACUGUGUUAUGAGUGUGAAUCUUGCAAAGCAGGAGUGCUUGAAGAUGUGAGAAGAGAUUGGCACAAGCUCUCUGUUCUUAAUAUUGUGAUGCUUGUGCUUCUCAUUGGGAUCUAUUCAAUUGGAUGUUGUGCUUUCAGAAAUACAAGAAGAGCUGAAACUGAUUACCCUUAUGGAGAAAACAGGAUGAGCAAAGUCAGACCCAGAUGGGAUUAUUAUUGGUGGAGAUGGUGGCACGACAAGAGAGACCUACUUUAUUAACACAAACAAAAAGUUGUAAUGGUUGUCUUAAAAAUUUCAGUGGGUUUUGUUUGCUGUUGCCUUAAACACGAGAGAAUUCAGUUGUUUUGCAGUGAAAACUGGUGGCCGUCUUGGAAAUUUCAAUCUCACCCACUUUCUUUUUACACAGUCUUUCUCUUUGUCUGCUUUUUCUUUUCUUUUCUUUUCUUUUCUUUUCUUUUCUUUGUACAAAUAGGGAUAUGCUUUCUUUUUAAUUUUAAAAAAAUUGUAUAUCCCAUACUCAUUUUCUUUCUCCUUCUGCCUUUUAAUGCUACUUCAUCUUCUUUUUGUCUA